AUGGCAUUGGCGCAAGAUAAUCUAGAUGCAUACUUGGGUUGUUACGCUAAGGCUGUUAACCGAUUAUCAAAGAUCAUAGUUGACAAAGAAUAUCCACCGGACUACGUAUAUUAUAAAGUUCCUAUUCCUUGGUUACAAGUUAAACUGCUUCGAUUAUUGCAGUAUUAUCCGCCCUCUGAAGCUCAAAAAAAUGUUCAGCAUAACAAUGCUCAAAAUGCUGUGUUAUUUGAAGCCAUUAAUCUUGCAAUUCAUUUAGAUACUGAAUCGCAAAUUGUCAACCAGGCUGCCGUUCUUCUCGGAAGAUUUAUAAUAUCAAAAGAAACUAACGUAAGAUAUUUGGGCUUAGAGACCAUGGCACAUUUAGCUGCUUGUGUGGAUUCAUUAGAACCAAUUAAAAAGCAUCAAGAUACUAUUUUAUUAUCAUUGCGAGAUAAGGAUAUCAGUGUACGACGUCGAGGACUUGAUCUUUUAUAUAGUAUGUGUGACGUUACUAAUGCUAAGGUCAUUGUUGCUGAAUUAUUGCGGUAUCUUAAUAUUGCGGAUUAUGCUUUACGUGAGGAAAUGGUUCUUAAGAUUGCAAUUUUAACUGAGAAAUUCGCCACUGAAUAUCAAUGGUACGUUGAUAUAAUUUUACAAUUAAUUAGUACUGCCGGUGAUCAUGUUGGCGAAGAAGUGUGGUAUCGCGUAGUACAGAUUGUUACUAAUAAUGAAGAACUUCAAGAGUAUGCUGCGAGAACUGUAUUUACUCAUCUGAAGUCUCCUGCAUGUCAUGAAAACUUAGUAAAAGUGGGUGGUUAUAUUCUUGGUGAAUUCGGUCACCUUAUCGCUAAUAUGCCAGAAGCAAGUCCUCAAGAACAAUUUCGUGCUAUUCAUUCAAAAUUCGGUUUAUGUACACUUCAAACACGAGCGUUACUUUUAACCACUUACUUUAAGUUUAUCAAUCUUUUUCCCGAGAUUAAAGGGGAAAUUUUGUCAGUUUUCUAUCGGUAUCGCCAUGUGUUAGAUUCUGAACUCCAACAACGUGCUGCCGAAUAUUUAGCUAUCUCAACUAUGCCGAAUGAUGAUCUCUUGCAGUCAAUUUGUGAAGAGAUGCCACCAUUCCCUGAACGUGAAUCUGCGUUACUAUCGAGGUUGCACCAACAGCACACGGAUACUGAAGAUAAACGAACAUGGAUUAUCGGUGGCAAAGAUGCUAAUAAAGAACGAGAUGUGGCUCGAUUGACUUUAACAAGUAGAAAUAACUCUAUGGAUAAUAAAGUAAAGCAUGAAACGAAUGGCAAUAAUGAGAUAGACCUUGUUAGUUUUGAAGGACUUAAAAUUAGUAAUGGAGACCAAUUGACGACUACAACAAACUCAGGGUCUGUAACAUCUGGUUCAGAAAAAGUUCCUGAUCGACUGCUAUUUACAACUGAAGGUGUACUAUAUGAGAACACCCAGAUUAUGAUUGGUAUUAAAUCAGAAUACCAUGGUAACCUUGGUCGGGUUGCACUGUACUUUAUCAAUAAAACACAGACAAACAUUACUUCUUUAACCACCUCCAUUGAGAAUAUCUCUGAUUUAACAAUUACUACUCCACAACCACCACCAUCAAUUAUCACGCAAUCCAAUCAAAUCCAACAACUGUUUCAUAUAGAGUGUAAGAAUAUAUUCACUGGCAUGCCAAAAGUGCGAGUAUCCUUUGUCUCAGGGACGCUUCGUACAAUUGUAUUAACAUUACCUAUAGUGUUGUCAAAGUUUAAUGAGCCUAUUCAAUUGAAUGGAGCAGAGUUCUUUGCGAGAUGGAAACAAAUUGGUGCUGGCCCCCGAGAAAAACAAGUCGUUUUUAAUUCAAAUGUUCCAAUAAAUCUUUCAGGAGUGCGAACUUUAAUUUUAGGUUUUAAAUUUGAGGUAUUAGAAGAAGUAGAUCCAAAUCCUACAAACCUUGUUGGUGCUAGCGUUUUACAUACAUCUGGAGGUGGAAUGUUUGGUUGUCUUCUGAGAUUAGAACCUAAUAUUGAAGCUCAG